UAGUAUCGUUCAUUCUUUAUUAGUACUAUUCUGAUAUUUUUGCCGUAUUUGUUUCGUAAAACGGAUGAAGAAUAUCAUUCAAUGUAUAGUGUAUACAUAUUAAAAUAUAUAUGUACCUUGAAUGGGAUAUUAUUGAAGUACUUCAUUUGACGCUAAUUAUUUUUGACCUUUACACCUAUUAACACACUAUUGACCUUUGCCUACAACGAAUACCAAUCAGCUGAUGCGAUUUCGUAAAAAGAGUUCAUUCGAUGAAUGUUAUAUUAAGAAUUGCAUUAAAUUUGCUGGUUGCUAGUACUUGUAUGUUUCAUGGGAAAAGAUUUAUAUUUACUAAAUAUUAUUAAAAUAUUGAAUGACAAUAUGUACAUGUUCGAGGUGUCGAAAAACUUCGUAUCCGCAUCAUCCUCAUCGCUCAGCAUAUUUGGAGUAUAGAUUAAUUGUAUCCUGUUGUGGAUGUUGUUGUAAAAUAUGGAUAACGUGACAGGAAUAAUACGUGCCAUGUAUAAGGGGUUGGUUGACAGCUUAAGGGGUGCAGUUGUCCUAUUUUAUAUGGAUAGACGUAUUAAUGAAAAACUGUAUAAGCAAUCCCCAUCUAGAGCGGAGAUUCAUGGAAAAGACAUUACACUUAUGCAUAAUUCUGUAAAACAUUAUAAUCAGUUAAGAAAAUCAAAAGUGUUAAAAAGAACAAUUCAGUGUUGUGCAUUAAAUGGUGGUGUAUUUUGGGCGAGCAUAUUAAUCUUUGAAUGCGGCCUACUUCCUUUAUUCAAGUACUUAUUGACCAUAAUAUUUGGCCAUUCGCCGGGUAUGGGUAUGACUGUAUGGUCAUGGACAAAACCAUUUUUAUCGCUAACAUUUGGCACUGUAUGGGUACUGCCACUAUUUCUACUCAGUAGGAUAGUCAACAGUUUAUGGUUUCAGGACAUAGCAGAUAGUGCUUAUAGAUAUAGGCAAGGAAGACCAUUACUUCUGUCUAGUGUCAGUAAGUUGGUAGCAGACACACUUUUCAAUAUACUAGUUCAAGCACUGUUUUUGGGCCAAGGAAUGUUAGUAUCCAGAAUUCCAUUGCCUCUUGUGGGUGACAUUCUUGCCCUAAUACACAUGUGCCUUUUGUAUGCUCUGUACACUUUUGAAUAUAAAUGGUUCAAUAUGGGAUGGGAGUUACAUAGACGUUUAAGUUUCAUUGAAAGUAACUGGCCAUAUUUUGUGGGUUUUGGUCUGCCAUUAGCAGUACUUACCCAAUUGCCCAAUUCCUAUGUAAUAAGUGGCUGUGUCUUUUCUAUAUUAUUUCCAUUAUUUAUUGUUAGUGGAAACGAAGCGGAACCUGUGACUGGAGUAUGUGAUUGUCCUCUGAAACUGUUUUCACCAGUUAUUGCAAUUGCAAACACACUUUUCAAUAAAACAAUUAGACCAGCAACUAGACGGUGACAACAAAGAUUAUAAUCUGCAUAUUAAUUUGGAAAAAUAUGUAGCAAUAAACUAUUUUUCAGGUUUUUACAUAUUUUCAUUAUUUUUCAUUAGGCAUAUACUUGAUCAGUUUUUGUGUUAAUAAAAUAAUUGAAAACAAGACUAUCAUUUGAUUAAAAAUAUUGUUCAAGGCACAUAGAAAAGACGGAAAUUCUAUUCAAAAUUUUAUAUAUUUUUAUCAAUUAUUAAAAUAGAAAGGAAUAUUAGAUUUAAAUGAAUAACAUAAAACUGUAUAUAACUUUGCAGAAUUGAAAGUAAUUUUUAUUUUUCAAUACAAUAUUUAAUAAAGUAUUGCAACUAUGUGUGUAUGUACUAUACAUCCAUACACAUAAGGAUUUUCCGUUUCAUUUAAUCUUUACAAACUUAUAGCCAAAUAUUUUUGCUUUGUACUAUAUAAUACUUAUAGUUUAUCAGCUAUUAAAAAGAUAUAAACAAGAGUGAAAAAAAAAUUAACAUAUGAAUAUAUAUACAAAAUCACAGAUAUAUUGAUUUAAUACAUAUAUUUUUUAUGUAUUUAUUAAGCUUGAACAUUGCACUUCGGUUAUGAAAGGAAUUUUAUAAUUUUGGUGUGCCGAAUUUUACUUUACCGUGACUAGUCAUUUCUGAGACUCUAAUAUUGUAACUUGUGAUGACAAUAUUUACUAUAACAGCUAUAUGAUCAGACAAGUUAGUUUAUUUAAUUACAUUAUUCAUAGAGUACUGAAAUGGUACUAAAUAAAAUAUUAAGUAUAGCAACUCUGAUUAUACACUAAUUUUAAAGCAAAUUUUGUUUAAAGUAUGUCGUUCUGUAUACUACUAUAAUUAAAUGUUAUAUCAAUUAUAAAGUGUAAAAUUACACUCUCCAAGUAACUAUAUUAAUACUAAUUAGUAUAAUUAUAUUUGUACAUUGGUUUAAUGGAACAAUGCAAAAUUACAUUGAUGGAAAA